CCUUUCUACUCGCUACUCUGUGCUUUCAAACAUGUGCACAAUGCAAGCGAUGUUGCUCAAGACCACAACCUGUUCCUGCUGGAGCGGUAAGCUGCCAUGGGGGGACGACGAGUCACCGAAGCAGACAAGCUUCCAGUCCGCGCCUGGCUCGUAGCCCGAUUUGGUGGAGGGCCACCUAAUGGAAGCCAGCCGGCCAGCAGAAGUGGGGUCCCUGCUGCGAUACGCAGUAGUCACCUCAACCUCGAAUAGUCGCGCCGCAGCGGGACACUCAUGCCCACCCCCCGACUUGACUUUGCUUUGGGUUUCUUCGACAUCUGGCCGUCCCGCCUCGGUGCGCUCUCCGGGCCGAUACGGUUUGGUUCAACCGUUGCUAUUAGACCCAUGCGGCAUAUAUGGGCACGGCACAGCCCAUACUUCCGCUCCUUGCUGCUUCGAAGCCAUCCUGUCCAAGUUCCCUCGUCUCUGUCCCGGUUCUGCCAGCCAGCGUCUUCCGUUGCCGUGUUUCGGACAAAGAGGGGACUGCAUAGUAGUACCCAAGCCAAUAGGGCGCCCACAGCCGAAGAGAUGGAGACGGUCAAUACCACCGAACGGCUAGCCGCUCUGCGGUCGCUGAUGAAGGAGAAAGGGGUUGACAUCUACGUCGUGCCAUCCGAAGAUAGCCAUGCCUCCGAGUACAUCGCCGCAUGCGACGCCCGACGGGCUUUCAUUUCUGGGUUCUCGGGCUCAGCUGGCACCGCCGUGGUCACGCUCGAGAAAGCGGCCCUCGCGACGGACGGACGCUACUUCAACCAGGCCAGCAAGCAGCUCGACGAGAACUGGCAGCUUCUGAAGACGGGUAUGCAGGAUGUUCCGACGUGGCAGGAGUGGACAGCAGAGGAGGCCACCGGCGGCAAGACGGUGGGCGUCGAUCCCGCCCUGAUCGCGAGCUCCGUCGCCGAGAAGCUCGACGAGAGUGUCAAGAAGAGCGGCGGUGCCGGGGUAAAGGCCGUCAGCGAGAACUUGGUGGAUUUGGUCUGGGGAUCCGACCGGCCGCCCCGCUCCAACAAUCCUGUCGUCCUCCUGCCCCCCGAGUAUUCUGGUAAGGACACGGCUACCAAGCUCGCCGAUCUGCGCAAGGAGCUGGAGAAGAAGAAGGCCGCCGGUUUUGUGCUGUCCAUGUUGGACGAAAUUGCGUGGCUGUUCAACCUCCGUGGCAGCGACAUCGCCUACAACCCGGUCUUCUUUUCGUACGCCAUUGUAACGCAAGACUCGGCGACGCUGUACGUGGACGAGUCGAAGCUGAACGACGAGUCCCGCAGCUAUCUGGAACAAAACAAUGUCUCCGUCAAGCCGUAUGACGCGCUGUUUGCGGACGCAAAGUCCCUGGCCAGCGCCGCCGAGACCAACGAGACAUCCGAGCCUCCGAAGAAGUAUCUCGUCUCCAACAAGGGCUCCUGGGCACUGAAGCUGGCUCUUGGAGGGGACAAGUACGUCGACGAAGUCAGAAGCCCGGUUGGCGAUGCCAAGGCGGUCAAGAACGACACCGAGUUGGAGGGCAUGAGGCAGUGCCACAUCCGGGAUGGCGCCGCGCUGAUCGAGUUCUUCGCCUGGUUAGAGGACCAGCUCAUCAACAAGAAGGCCGUGAUCGACGAGGUGGAUGCUGCCGACAAGCUGGAGGAGCUGCGGAAGAAGCAGAAGGAUUUCGUUGGGCUCUCGUUCGACACCAUCUCAUCAACAGGGCCGAAUGCCGCUGUCAUCCACUACAAGCCACAAAAGGGACAAUGCUCUGUCAUCGACCCGCAGGCGAUCUACCUGUGUGAUUCAGGGGCCCAGUACCUGGACGGCACGACCGACACGACCCGGACCCUGCACUUCGGGACCCCGUCGCCCGAAGAGAGGAAGGCCUACACGCUGGUGCUGAAGGGUAACAUUGCGCUCGACACGGCCGUCUUCCCCAAGGGCACAACCGGGUUCGCCAUCGACUGCCUCGCCCGGCAAUUCCUCUGGAAAGCAGGCCUCGACUACCGCCACGGCACAGGCCACGGCGUCGGCUCCUACCUCAACGUCCACGAAGGGCCCAUCGGCAUCGGCACUAGGAAGCAGUAUGCCGACGUGGCGCUCGCCGCCGGCAACGUGCUGUCCAUCGAGCCGGGCUACUACGAGGACGGGGCGUACGGCAUCCGCAUCGAGAACCUGGCGCUCGUGCGCGAGGUCAAGACGGAGCACUCGUUCGGCGACAAGCCGUUCCUCGGCUUCGAGCACGUCACCAUGGUGCCCUACUGCCGGCGGCUGAUCGACGAGUCGCUGCUGACGGCUGACGAGAAGGCGUGGCUGAAUGAGAGUAACAGGCGGAUUCGGGAGGUCAUGCAGGGGCGGUUUGAGGGCGACGAGGGCGCUCUGGCGAGGGCGUGGUUGGAGAGGGAGACGCAGCCGUUUUGAGGUUGGGUAUUGGGGUUGGGGCUUUACGCAUGCUUGAGGGUUUGGAAGCUGGCCUCGAUGGAUAUGGCAGCAGCAACUGUUUUGCCUGCAUUUGCUUGUCUAUUGUACCGCCCUGUCUU